UUUAGUUUAAUACGUGUUUUAGCACAGUCAUACGAAAAUCGGUAAAUAAUUGAGGAAUGAUGCAAAGUAAACAGGCAGUAAACAUUUUUCGUGGUAGCAGUUAGAUACUUUGCUGGCUAAACGUGUGCCACGUUUCAUAGAGAGAGUAAAAGCUCUUCAAAACUAACUUAGCUACGCAGUUCGGUCGACGUUUUUGAACCUAAAAUAACCUAGCCAAGCUAAUUUAUAAAACUAGAUUGUGUUGAGCUGUAGUCCUGCGUCUCAGACGUUCCGUUUGAUGAACUUAUUAUGUAGCUAAAAUCUAAUCGCUUAAUGAAGUAGCUCGCAAAAUUGUGUCCAUUCAUGUGUUCACCUGGUAACUUGGCUGUCACUCAGAUGUCUGAAGAGCCCAAGAGUCCGCCUGAGACGAAGGAAGCCCGAGAAGCUGUAGUUCCCAGGAAAGAUGAGUCUGCAGGUGAGGGAAGUAAGCUGAUGUGUGUGAAGGGAGAUCUGUUCUCCUGUCCUGCCACAGACUCGCUAGCCCACUGCAUCAGUGAGGACUGUCGCAUGGGAGUAGGUAUCGCUGUGCACUUCAGAAAGACGUUUGGAGGAGUAAAGGAGCUCCUGGCGCAGCAGAAAAAACCAGGGGAAUGUGCUGUACUUAAGAAAUCUGACCGAUUUGUUUAUUACCUGAUUACAAAAAAAAGGUACAACCACAAGCCUACCUAUGAAACUCUCAGGCAAAGCCUGGAGGCGAUGAAAGCACACUGCAUAGCCAGUGGCGUGACCAGACUCUCAAUGCCUCGGAUCGGUUGUGGCUUGGAUCAGUUGAACUGGGAGAAAGUGUCAGUGAUGAUUGAAGAAGUCUUCCUGAACUCAAAUGUGACCAUCACUGUAUAUUUCAUUUAAGCCAUUUAGACAGAGCAUGUACAAAACUUGCACAUUAACCUUUUUUCUCUUCUGAUUUGCAUUACUGGUUUUUCUAUCAUUUUCUUGGGGACAAAAUUAUAAUUCUAUGAUUAGAAUAAAGGAAUGCAAAGUGAUAACUAGCCUAUAAAAAAUUCUUAAGCCUAAUGACAUGAUUCUUUGCUUGUAAAAGAAGGUUUAUGUAGUCAAACACUUUCUGUUCAUUUUCGGAGCGUUUAAGGUUUAUGGAUGAUAAAGAGCACUAACCACUAGAUGGUGCUAGAUAGUAAUACAAAAUGCUGUGACAAAUGUACUACUAUAAAGCAGUCAUACUUCA